CCGCCGCCUGCCGUCGCAGGCAGGGGUCUGGUCGGGACAGGGGUCCCUGCCCGGGGACGGGGGCAUCCCGGUGCAGCCGAGAGGCGUGCAGCCCGCGGGGGGCGCCACUUGCGCCGCAGCGCCCGCCCGCUCAACUGCGUGGGCGUGAGGGCGUUGGGGCCCCGGGGCGCCCCGAAGGCAGGGUGCCCCGACUUCUCCGGGGGAGCCCCAAUCCCGUGGAGCGUCCGGAGCGAGCGCGCCCCAGCCGCACCGGACCUUGCGCUCAUCCCCCGCGUACCCCACUUCUGUACAAACUUUUCUGACGCCCUCGCCCGUGGGGGUCGCGGAGAGCGCGGAGCUGUCCGCAGGGCUCCCGCCCCGCGGGACCCCGGCCACGCUGACCUCCUGCCUCUCGUAGCCUCAGUGGCGACCUCUCCAGGCCGGGCCGGGCACGGCACUCGAGGCGAGCGCGGCAACCACCGCGGCUCUCCGAAGGCUCCCGCGCCCCCCGGGGCAGCUGGGCGGGGUAAUGCCCUCGGUGAUGGAGAAGCCGAGCGCGGGCUCCGGGAUCCUGUCCCGUAGCCGGGCCAAGACGGCGCCCAACGGCGGACAGCCCCACUCGGAGGAUGACAGCAGCGAGGAGGAGCACUCGCACGACAGCAUGAUCCGCGUUGGAACCAAUUACCAGGCCGUAAUUCCGGAGUGCAAGCCUGAGAGCCCAGCCCGCUACAGUAACAAGGAGCUGAAGGGGAUGUUGGUGUGGUCGCCCAACCACUGUGUGUCAGAUGCCAAGCUUGACAAGUACAUUGCGAUGGCCAAGGAGAAGCAUGGCUACAACAUUGAGCAGGCACUGGGCAUGCUCUUGUGGCAUAAGCAUGAUGUGGAGAAGUCGCUGGCCGACUUGGCCAACUUCACCCCGUUCCCUGACGAGUGGACCGUGGAGGACAAGGUGCUGUUUGAACAGGCCUUUGGCUUCCAUGGCAAGUGCUUCCAGCGGAUCCAGCAGAUGCUCCCUGACAAGCUGAUCCCCAGCCUGGUGAAGUAUUACUACUCGUGGAAGAAGACCCGCAGCCGGACCAGCGUGAUGGACAGACAGGCUCGGCGGCUGGGGGGCCGAAAGGACAAAGAAGACAGCGAUGAGCUUGAAGAGGGCCGGGGAGCCGUUAGUGAGGGAGAGCCGGAUGCUGGAGACCCUAAGAGAGAGCCUCUGCCCUCUCGGCCCCUGAAUACCCGGCCAGGCCCCGGGAAGAAGGAGGCUCAGGGGUCUCAGUACCGUCACCACCCGCUGCGAACCCGACGUCGCCCACCCAAGGGCAUGUACCUGAGCCCCGAGGGCCUCACGGCUGUGUCAGGAAGCCCAGACCUUGCCAACCUCACUCUUCGAGGCCUUGACUCGCAGCUCAUCUCCCUCAAGCGCCAGGUACAAAGCAUGAAGCAGACCAACAGCAGCCUCCGCCAAGCGCUGGAGGGGGGCAUCGAUCCACUGCGCCCCCCCGAGGCCAACACUAAGUUCAACUCUCGCUGGACCACCGAUGAGCAGCUUUUGGCCGUACAAGGUGCAGAUCACCUCCGUCUCCACGUCUGUGCCCCGAUCGCUGCCCACCGUGCCGCCUCCGCCGCCGCCUCCCACCUCACUGUCCCAGCCGCCGCCGCUGCUGAGGCCGCCUUUGCCCACAGCGCCCACCCUGCUCCGCCAGCCACCCCCACUCCAGCAGGGCCGGUUCCUCCAGCCCCGCCUGGCCCCCAACCAGCCCCCACCACCUCUCAUCCGCCCUGCACUGGCUGCCUCCCGCCACGGUGCCCGGCCGGGCCCUCAGCCCCCACCCACCCUGAUUGGAGCCCCCCUGGAGCCUCCAGCACCCUCACUCUGAGCCCUGAGGCCCUCUACCCACCAGAGGCUCCAGAACGCCGUUGCUGGCCGUCCUUGGACACCUCUGGCUUCACUGAGGACGGAAGGGACUCGAGCUCUUGGGCAGGUCUUUCGAAGUCCCAGAGCUGCCAGUGGGCAGAGUCUGGACCUGUGGGCUCUGCAGGAUUCUGGCAGCGGAGUCUCUCGGCGCCCACCCCAGCCAGGGGCUGGGGCUCAGGGGCCUUCUGAGCUGGCCUGAGGGUCCUUGCUCUUCCUGGCUGGGGCUGGAAUGGCUGCCUCCUAGUCUGCUGGGGCUUGGCCUUUGGGUCUGGCCCUUUGUGUAGAGGGGGUAGUGAUCUUAGCUUGGGGGAUAGGGGAGAGGACGGCCUUGGCUGUUCUUCCUCUUUCCUUUCUUUUAGCAAUAAAGUCGGG